GGACAAAGUAUGAACGGGUAUAAAAAGAGGGAGAGUCGAUGAAUACAUCUCAGUUAUUGACCAAAUUCGAGACAGACAAACCAGCAAGGCUGCUGCACUGAACAGAACAAUGAAGUUGUUGGUCUUGGCUUUAAGCGUCGCCCUGCUGUUUACAGCUGGUGAAGCUCUGAACUGUCACCGAUGUGUCUCCAAAAAGGCUGGAGGAACCUGUGAGCUCAGUGUGGAGACUUGUCAACCAGAGAAGGACGGCUGUGCUGCUGCCAAGUUCCUCAGAGCACCACAUGGCCAAUACCAGAAAUGCAUGGCUCUGUCAGACUGUGAGAUGUUGAAGAUGAAUGCAUACAUUGACAUCAAGUGCUGUAGUGAUGACAUGUGCAACACCUUUUAAAAUUCAAAAAAGAAUAUUAUGUGUAAAAGGAAAAAAAAGUGUGCUAGGGUACCUUUGAGCAAGGCACUUAAACCAAAUGACUGUGAUUGCAUGUAUUAAUUUGAAGCAGCUACUUUUCACUCU